AUGGCACCGUCUUUUGGGAGAUGUCUACAAAAUGAGCUCUGGACAAAGUCAUGGAAAAAGGAAGAUGUUCGCCCAUCCUAUUUUUUUGGUACAUGGGAGUGUUUGCAGUCACAAAACUGGCGAGUUAAUGGUGUUAAUCCUGGGAGACAGCGAGAGCCAUCUGUGUGUCUGUGCCAUUCGGCCCCUGCUGCUGUGGUCCGACAGAAGGCUGUGGAUGAGAAACCAGAAGAGUUCAAACUGGUCUACAGGUUUCCGGGGAUCAAGUACUGCAGGGUACUGUCCAGACUAAAGCUGUUACAGACUGCCACCACCGUGGUCAUGCUGCCUCCCAUCUACUACCUCUAUCUGCAAGACCAGGUUUCUCAGAGUAUCCUCUUGUAUACAACUGGCAUUGCGCUCUUUGCUGGUGCAAUGUUGUAUGGUAUGAGCUACUUUUUCAGACGAAUUAUUGGAUUAAUCUUCUUACAUGAAACCAGCCGUACUGUCAAAGUGGCCCACUUGACAUUCUGGGGAAGACGGAAUGAUAUUUACUGUCCCAUAGAGACAGUGAUGACGUUGGAUGAAGUUGGAGAUAGGAAGGGGGAGCUACUUCUCCAGUUCAAACGGUAUAAUAGUACAGAUAUUCUGUAUUUUACGAUUAAGUUCGGCCAGAUUGUAGACAGGCAAAAGUUUACUCAAAUAUUUGGAGAACUUGAGUGA